AUGAGCAUCUGUAAUAUUCAUUCCCACAAACUUGCGAAAAAUUUGACGUUUCGAUGUUCAUGUUUUGUUGGGAAAUCUGUUUGAGUGUAUCAAAUUAUUGUGUCUCACUGUUAAAAAAUAACGAAAAAAAGAAAGUUUUCCGAAGCUUAUGUUAAGUUUGGAUUUACCUUCAUAGAAAAAGACGAGUUACAAUUGCCUCAGUGUGUGAUAUGCAUGAAAGUUUUAAGUAAUGAUAGCAUGAGGCCCAAUCGCCUUGAAAGGCAUUUGAAGCAACCCUACUCAGGUUUUGAAGACGAAAUAGUUUUUUCUUCUAAAGCAAAAUCACUCAAGCGGUUGAGACUGGAUAAAUCGAUAAUUUUAGAAGAAGAUGCAGAGCAAAAAAUUAAGUCUAUUCCUCUUUCGCAUAACACAGUGAAGCAUAGAAUCGAUAACAUUGCAUCAGACAUAAAGUCACAAAUAAUUAACAAAGUAAAAUUAUCGCCAUUAGUUGCGAUGGAUCCACCGACGUCGUUAAUUGUGCACAGUUACGAGGGAUGUCUCUUAAGUUUUGCAUAUGGAAAUAAAACAACACGGUAG